UAAGACACUUGGCAACACUGCCUAACAUUGCGUUACUUCACUUGUCACAUAGCAAUUUAUCUCAAUUUACAUUUCACGUUAUUAGUUUUGAAUAAUUGUUUGCUAAUUAAUUCAUUGCUAGAACCAGUGUUUUAAAAUAAGUUAAGUAACUCCCACGAUAUAUAUUAUCACAAACCGUUUUUCGAGUCUGAAAUGAAGUUUUGAGUGGAUUUGUUUUAAAAAACAAGCGUUAUGAGUUUGGCUUCCAGUAGCUGGAAUAGAACGCUUUUUGAUAAAGAUGUGAUAUAGUGAUAGUAAAUUAGACAAUACUCGUGCUAAAUCAUAGCUAUGGAAUACCUUAUGACCGGAGUUGAAAAAUGAGUUGAAGAUGUCGUCAGUGCACUGCGUAGUGGUGUGGGAGUGGCAGAUGAACGGGCAAUGGCUGCCGCACACGCCGGGCGUCACGCGCACGCUCGAGCGCGCGCACGCCAAAAAGCUGACGCGCGUCGUGCUAGCCGACGCCGACCCCGCGCUCAAGGGACACUACGUCAACUUGCGCACUUUGACGCAGGGUGUCGACACCUCGGCGGGUUGUCUGGAGGGCGGAUCGGUGGAGUGUCGCGUGCGGCGCGCGUGCUACAGCGUGCAGUCGCCGGCGGGGCGCGGUGUGCGCUGGGAGUGGGCGCGGUUCGUGGCGCCGCCGCUCGGCGGGGAACUCGCCUACGAGCCGCUGCCGAUGGAGGCGCAGUGCUUGCUCGAGGAGGCGUGGCGCGCCGGUGGGGAGGCCGUGGUGUGGGGCCAGUGGGCGGUGUCGCCGACGCGCAUGACGGCGCGGGCGCUGCGUGGCGCGGCGGUGCGGCUGCUGCGGCGCGCGCCACACCCGCCGUACCCGCUGACGCGGCCGGCACGCACUGAGCCGCCGCCGCCACCACCACCACCCAGGGCGCCAGACCGACUGCCGCUAGAAGGUCGCAGGCCGCGGAUACCGCAGCAGCACACAGGCUCGUCGGUGCAGUCGGUGCAGUCAGCGCAGUCGGCGCAGUCACUGCCUGCGGCAGGCGCGCUGCAGACGGCUCGCCGCGGCGCCCGCAGUGCCUCGCCGCGGGAGCGCAAACCCGGCCUCGCGAGGCAGAUACUGCACAACCUCAAUAUAUUCAGUAACAACAACAGGCAGACGUCGCACCAUCAGGAGCGCUUGGAGAGCAAACAUAAGGCGGAACCAGUGUUGGGUGCUGGCGCGAGCGGCUGCGGUGACAAUGGUGAUACAGGCGAGGCGGUGGACGCGGGCGAGGCCGGCGGCAGCGACGAGUGCACCAGCACGCGCUCCGGCCGCCGCCACUCCGUCGACACCGUCUCCACGUACCUCAGCCACGAGAGCAAAGAGAGUCUGCAGCAAGCAGCAGUGGGUGAGCUGCUGAACUGCAGCACGGGCAGCGAUGACGUGUUCGACACGUCUUCCCCGCCCUCGCCGCCGUCGCCGCCGUCGCCCCUCCCGCCCAUCAGCCAUGACAUACUCUCCACAGACGGAUGCAUCGUAGUAUCAGACGGCGAGGGUACAUGGGCCGGCUCGUGCGCAGUGUGCGCGCGGUGUGCGGGCGGUGCGGGGGGCGCGGGCGCGGAGGUGCAGUGGGCGGGUCCGCAGCCGGCCGGCAGCAUGGCGUGGAGCGUGCAGCCCGCCGCACUGCCGCAGCACGCGCCGCACACCGCCUCCAUACUCGUCACCUACAAUUUCCAGUCAGGCCGGCAAGGUCCUAUGCACCCGAUGCCGGGAGCUCCAUACUACGCGGUGGGAUUCCCGCGAUACACGCUUUUACCGGACACUGCACUGGGACGACAGGUGCUGGAGGCGCUGCGCGUGGCGUGGGAGCGGCGCGUGCUGUUCACGGUGAGCGCGUCGCAGACGACGGGGCGCGAGCACGUGGUGAGCUGGCGCGCGCCGCCGCCCGCGCCGCCCGCGCACCCCGCGCACUACGCGCCGCCCGCGCACCCGCGCCGCCUGCUCGCGCGCACGCUGCACGCGCUGCACCAGCUGCAGGCGCACGCGCACCACUGACCCGACGUGCCGACACGACGCGGCAACCUUCACUAAACAAAACUGCAAAAGUGACAUCCCCAAAAAACAGAAGUUUUAUUUUUCGGGUCAGCUUAUACGUUUACUCGUUGAAAAAUUCACAUCAUAGGUAUUUUUUUUACAUCAUUACAUCGUAAUACACUGGACGUAAAUUAUAAACGUGACUACGAGAAAGAAAAAAACAAACCAUAGUAUAAAACUCAUUUUAUUCAAAAUUAAUAGAAAAUUCGUGCAUUUUUAUACAUUUUUGAAAAAUAUUUUAUUAUUUGCAGCCCCUGUAUAUGAAUUAUGAAUAUUUGUAAUGUAAUACGAAUCCCUGGGCAACUAAAACUAUAAUGCAAAAAAAAAUGUAUACAUAUUUUUAUAUUGACAUUCAUAAGAUGCCAUAUUAUUUUAUACAUUAUUGAAAAUGUGUGAGAAAAUUAUAGAAAAAAUUAAAUUAUUUUCCAAAAAGGUGUACUUUAUAUAGCCUCAUAAAUAAAUAUUAUAUUGUUACAACUAAAAGACAAAUUUACGCAUUUUUUUUAAUGUAAGAUUUUUUAUCAAAAAUUUAUCAUAAGAUGUACAAAGGAAAUAAUAUGACAAUAUUUAAAAAUAUAAUUUCUAGUGUAAUGUAGGACUCGCAGGAUCUGCAUUUAUUUAUGAGUUGUAAAUGUGACGCAGCUUUAGAACCUGUUAUUAAAUGGGCAAUAUUUAAAUAUUAAAAUCGAAAUUACUAGAAUAUAAAAAUAAGACUAUUAUAAAAAAUCAUCCAUUGCAUAAAUAAAUUAAGUCAUUGAUAUUUUUAUAUAACCAGUUUUCUAUUUGAAUUUAAUCAAGGUGUUCGAAAGAAGGAAGUUUUUUUUUUAUCAGUUUCUCAUUUAAUGAUUUUUUUAUACACGAAGAGUUUUUAAUUACAAAAAAAAAUAUGUAAAAAAGAUAAGCUAUAAAUGUGCAGUUAGAUUUUUUUAUCAAUGAAUGAAUCCCUCCUAGCCGAAUUUUCCCCUUCGGCCAAUCUCAAACAUCAGGCAGGCACGCACGAGAUAUUAUAAUGCAUGGCUUCACUCUUUGUUUCUUUACUCUCGCAGUCCGGAAAUGGCAAUUUAUUUUUGUUUAUGUAUGUGUAAAUGGCCAAACUAUGACAAGUUAAAAUUUUCUCAGAUCCAUCACAGACUUAUGGACAUAACAUAUAGUAAGUAACAAAUGCUAUGUAGAUCACAGGUCAGAUUGAAGUUCAUAAAUGUAUACUAAAUGUCUGUUAGAAACGAUUAUGAAAUACUAUAAGACAGUAACAACUAUCAAGUUGUAUGAAUUGAUUAAAAUCGCGAAAAAAUCUAGAAUUGUGAAUGAAUAUAGCUUUUGGCCACAAAAUACGUUUUUUAGGAUUUUUUUUGUCAUUUGUCGAGUAUGUGUUCCGUAACAGUAGAAAAUAAUGCAAUUUUUUUGGUAAUUUAAAGCUAGUGGUGUAUAGAAUAACAUUCUCGAAUACAUUAUGAUCUAUAUGAAAACGUAUUUACUUUGUAACUGUUUUAUAUUUAUUAUAUAGGUACAAGUUCGCAAAAAUAAUUAUUAUGAAAUGCAAAAAACAAUUGUCAAAUGUCUUCCAUUUAUGUAAAGUGCAGCUUUAUUUUGAAUUUUGUAGAAAAGUAUAGUUAAUAUUAAGUAUAUUACGAGCCAAUCGGGUGAAUAAGGGAAACAAGUGCAAAUACUGAAAACAAUCAUUAAGUUGAAGUAGCUAAAAUAAAAGCAUUUUAUUCAAGCCAUCAUUGUAUUUCUCGGCAAUAAUUAAACUUUAAAUAACAGCUCAAUUAAUCUAUCUGAUUCAUUUGCAAGUUUUCUAUUUUACACCCCCUUAUUAGAAUUUAACCCAAUUGACCGUACAUUCAAAAUUAUACUCUAUUAAUGAAUAAGAGACUGAUUUUUAUAUAUUUUUUUGCUGUGAAAAUCAGUUUUGCUCGUUUAAUAAUCUUUACCCCAAAGGUAAAAUAAAUUUGUUAUUAGGAAUAUUUUAAUUCAUGACGCCAUCCGCCUGCAAGUAUGUGCAGGGCUUGGAAUUUUUUUGGCAGAAGAGAGGCAAAGGAGAAAGCUUUAUGGUUCAUCAAUAAUCAUCACUGCCCGAGUACUGUCAAAAAACGAUAACACCGAUUGAUGGCCUGCCAGCUCGAAAUUUCAGUUGUUGGUGAGUUAGUUUCGUGGCCGAUGCGUAGGCCUAUGUAUUCUUGCCAGUAAGUGCCUUAUAGUACGCGGAAAUAUGGGUAUAAUUGUAUUUACAUUAGUGUUACGUUAUUUUUAAUAUAUUGAAUAUUUACAUCGAAAGUGGAAGGACAUGUGUUAGGCAACAUGACGCGCAACAUGUGUUGUUCAAUGACCGGCGGACGUAGUAUGUCGCUGUAAAAUUCUAAAGCGCUACGCAACAUAAUAAGCUGAUCAACAUGUUGCGCGUCAUGAGGGAUAUAGAUAAUUUUUAUAAAAAACCAUAAUUGUAUUAAAUACUAUACGAAUGUCUCUAUAACUUAUAAAAACAUGGUUGUAAGUACGUUGUUAGAAGGCACGAUGAAUAGAAUGUCACUUCAGUUUGUAUGAUGUUUGCCAUCUGUUAGUGCAAAUAUUGAUUAAAGUAAUUUAAAUGUCAGGAAAUAUCCCUUUUAUUGUUUAACACAUGAUUUUAGGUAUUUAAACUUAUAAGAGGAAGUAUAAAAAGUGUAUUUGAUAUGUAUUUUGUAAAUAAGCAGCAAUAUAAGUCUUCCCAUGUCAACGAAUCUUCCAAUAAGCUUUAAGGUCUGUUCACACACAACCGUGAAGGGUCCGUGAUGUCGGAGUUUGAGUUGAUAGGUUCAAAAACUACACAUAUGUACUCGAAUUUAAAAUAAUAAUUGUUCAUACAGAUAAAUAGCCCUUAUGACAAGAACAAGAGGAAAAAAUAUACAUUUGAAUUUAUUUCCUCAAAUAUUCACCUAAAUUAACAUUUAAGUAUCUCUAUUACAGGAUUACUUCAAUUUAUUUAAAAUUAUUUUUUUUUUUCAUGUUUUAUAAGAAUGUGUUUUAUACGUUCGUCCUGGGGUGUUUUGAUAUAAUGUGUUGCAAGUUAUUGCGCCGUCUCUCUGCGGGCCGAUGCGGCUGUGUGUGCUUCGACUAUUAUUUAUACUUUGUAAAAAUCUCGACGGAUUUAUUGAAUAAUCGAUAACGAUUGGUUAUUUUUUGUUUUAUGAUGUUUAAAAAAAUAUAUUUUUGUAACUGUGUAGGGAAGAAACUUUUUAGUGUUGUAUUUAGAAAUAAAUCUAUCGAUGAUUUUACUAAAGAGUAGAGUACUAGAGAAAUGUAUUUUAAUAAAUUGUUAAGACAAUAAAGUAUUAUUAUAUACUUA